AUGGCUCGUGCUUGUCGAUGCUGUCGAAAUUUUUGUAAAGAAUUUAGAACAUUUGCUCUUCGAGGCAAUGUAGUAGAUUUAGCUAUUGGUAUUAUUAUUGGUACAGCAUUUACGAAUGUCAUUCAAUCACUUGUCGACGAUAUUAUUACACCCCCAUUUGGUCUUAUUUUGGGUGGUGUUGAUUUUGUUAACUUAACAAUUAAAAUGAAAAAUUUCGUUUACAAAAAUCAACCACCAGUUGUUAUUCGUUAUGGAAAAUUUAUUCAAACAAUAAUAUCUUUAUUUCUUAUGGCAUUUGCAUUGUUCUUUGUUAUUAAAGCUAUUAAUAAAUUACAUCAUAUUGCAACGAGAAAAAAACAAACUGAAGAAGGUAUACAACUUGAAACAACUGAAGAAGUUAAAGUAUUGUACGAAAUUCGAGAUUUAUUAGCAAAACAAUCUUCAAUUGUAGGAUAG